AUGCCUGAUCCCCCUAAGACACACCCAGCCAUGCCUGAUCCCCCAAAGACACACCCAGCCAUGCCUGAGCCCCCAAAGACACACCCAGCCAUGCCUGAGCCCCCAAAGACACACCCAGCCAUGCCUGAGCCCCCAAAGACACACCCAGCCAUGCCUGAGCCCCCAAAGACACACCCAGCCAUGCCUGAGCCCCCAAAGACACACCCAGCCAUGCCUGAGCCCCCAAAGACACACACAGCCAUGCCUGAGCCCCCAAAGACACACACAGCCAUGCCUGAGCCCCCAAAGACACACACAGCCAUGCCUGAGCCCCCAAAGACACACACAGCCAUGCCUGAGCCCCCAAAGACACACACAGCCAUGCCUGAGCCCCCAAAGACACACACAGCCAUGCCUGAGCCCCCAAAGACACACCCAGCCAUGCCUGAGCCCCCAGACUGUGGUCUGACAACCAGACCUCCUCCACACCUGGCGCAGGACUGUGGUCUGACGACCAGGCCUCCUCCACACCUGGCGCAGGACUGUGGUCUGACGACCAGACCUCCCCCUGACAACCAGACCUCCUCCCCCUGGCGCAGGACUGUGGUCUGA